AUGCCCAGAAAGACGCCACGCUGUACCACCAUCCGGAGAUUCCAGUUGGAGGGACGUGUCGACGUGGCAGCCCCUCCCUCCCCUGCCCGAAGAGAUCGCGAUUCUGGUCUAUACACCAAGUUGAUCGCCCGAGAAAUGCUCAAAGUACAGGCCCUGGAGCGGGAAGUAGCCAUCAUGGAAGAGGCCCUAGCCAAAGACUUCGCCGUGGCCGAACGCAAUGAGGCCCGACUCCGCGAACUGGAGCGACCCUCUACUCUGUCCAACUCAAGGUUGCAAGAUGAUGUCAAAAAGUUGUCUGAAGCCAUAGUGGCCAUUUGUGCCUACAGAUACUUCACCCCAUCCUUUGAUUCGGUUGCCUUCAACACUGUGGUGGCCAGCCUGCUCCGAGGGUGCCGUGAUAUCGAUCCUCGCAUGGAGACUCUAUACCGGACAGCGACGCGAAAGUCGGGUGGACCAACCGCUGGUCUCGAGAUCACUCGACCCCCUGAAGAACCCCCGGUUCGAACCCCGGAGGCGCCAGUUCUCCGAGCCGCAUUGAAAGUCAUUGAUGAGGAAGCUGCUCGAAAUUCUAACAUACGUACUGCCUUGGAGAAGGGAUUCGCAUUAGUUAUGAAGCGCAAGGCACCAGAUCUGGAUGAGAAGACUGCUAUGGAGGCUUUCACUAGGGCCAUGGAACAGGGUCAGGCCCACCCAGAACAUGAAGUUCGGCAUCUCCUUAAAAUGUGUACGGUAACCCAUCUCAAUGAUAACCCAAUAGGGAUAGGCCCAGGGGACAACCCUUCGUUGGUACCACCCGAGAACCUCAACCAUCACCCUGAACGGCUUGGUCUAGUCGAGCCCGUUGAGAGACUGGAUCAACUUGCGCACGCUCGGGGGCCUGGUCCGGUCCAUCCUGUGGGGAAGGAGCCUGAUCAGGUCCACCCUGUGGAGAGGGGUCCUGGUCCGGUCCAAUCUAUGGAGAAGCUUGGCCCGGUCCACCCUGUCGAGAGGGGGCCUGGUACGGUCCAUCCUGUGGAGAGGGGGCCUGGUCCGGUCCACCCUGUGGAGAGGGGGCCUGGUCCGGUCCACCCUGUGGAGAGGGGGCCUGGUCCGGUCCACCCUGUGGAGAGGGGGCCUGGUUCGGUCCACCCUGUGGAGAGGGGGCCUGGUCCGGUCCACCCUGUGGAGGAGCUUAGUCAAGUCGGGUCUACAGAGAGGUUAGAUCCGGUUCCGCAACAUCACGAUGCCCCAUUACCAUCGUCCAAACCGAGUGAUCACUCAGUACCAGUGGGUGGUCCACCCGUGGCCCAUGCCCAUCAGAAUCAGGGAGCUGAUCUUGGUCCAGCACAUGACACCUCUCCCAGUCCGGCAAAGAAGGGUCGAGCCGCUUUCAAGCGGGCAUCUGCGGUUACUAAGACACGUGGUGAUGGACCGCCCCUCACGCAGGGACAUGCCGUACCCAAAUCAGCUGGUCCCAUGGGCUUCAAAAAAGCCAAAGGGCCUUCGGCUGGGGUUCGAGCCCCUCAUACCGACCAAGCUAAUUCUGGACUUGAGCCUCCUGGCCGGGUCAUGUUUGGUCGUCGAGACACUGCUGCUACUGUGGGCCAGCCUGAGCAGGUGGUCCACAGUGAGCACCACAGAGUUGAGGGAGGUGGAGUGGUCACAACCGAUGUGAAUUAUUACCACAAUAUGUUCAUAUACCAGAAAAUGGAAGUAUUUGGUCCUGACAAUGACCACCAUGGUAAGGGCUUGGUGUGGCCUCAAGUGUACAGAUAUCCGGAAGCUCAGCCCCCACCAGUCAUUGAGUCCCCGAGGGAAAGUGGCAACCGGCCAGUGACACCUCCUACUGAGGCCCAGUCGGCUGACCAUAGUGGCUCAGAGAGAAGUGUUGGACCUAGGGUUCCUGCUGUGCGCCCAAGGCCCCCAAUACCGCAAGUACGGAGGGUCAGUCGAGGACAUGAGCCGGCCCGGCCCACUCCGGUAGAGACCACGGUCUCUGAAACCGCUGGUCCGGUCCCCGCGGAGUUACCAUCUAGAGAGGAGCUUGUUGUACCCGUGAAGGAAGGACCAACCGAAGUCAGUCCAGAUUCUGUCGUAAACGAGGCUUCGGACCAUCGGCUCCAACCUAAGCAUGGUCCUGUCGAAGGCCCACAAGGGCAAAGAGUAAUACAUAUGAUGAAGCAUGAGGUCGAGGAAAUUACCGGUAUUGGCGAAUUGUGGUCAAGUGACUCGUCGUUGAGUGACGAUGCCGAGGCCAAGCUGGCCAAGAAGGGCUUCCGAGCCCAGGCUGAUGCCAAGAAGGUACCAUGCAAUGUUGGGGCAUGCUCCGGGUUAUUUCUCGAUGAGUUCAGGCUCUUGGGAUUGGCAUGA